GAGACAAUAGUUGCACUAAUAUAUAUAUAUAUAUAUAGUAGUUAUUUGGUAGGAUUAAUUGUAAGAAGCAAUCGAAAGCAGAAUCAAGUAUAGUUUAGAGAGAGAAAGGAGAGGGCCGAGAUGGGAAGAUCUCCGAUUUCUGAUGAUAGUGGUGUGAAAAAAGGCCCCUGGACUCCUGAGGAAGACGAUAUCCUCACCAAAUACAUCCAAAAACAUGGCCACGGCAGCUGGAGAGCCCUCCCAAGACUUGCUGGCCUAAACAGAUGUGGAAAGAGCUGCAGGCUUCGUUGGACCAACUAUCUAAGACCAGAUAUCAAGAGAGGCAAAUUCUCCCAAGACGAAGAGCAAACCAUCCUCAACCUCCACGCCAUUCUCGGCAACAAGUGGUCUGCAAUAGCGACGCACCUUCCGGGAAGAACAGACAACGAGAUAAAGAAUUUCUGGAACACGCAUCUGAAGAAGAAGCUGAUCCAGAUGGGGUUCGACCCGAUGACCCACCAGCCCCGCACCGACUUAUUCGCGACGCUUCCUCAACUCCUGGCCCUCGCCAACCUCAUCGAGAACCCCUCUUCCUGGGAGGAUCAGGCCAUCCGUAUCCAAUCCCAAGCCCUACAAAUGGCUCGCCUCAAUCAAUGCCUCAACCAUCUCCUUCACCCCUCAAUCCCAAUCCCUAAUUUCCACACCGCCGCCGCUCUUUCUGACGUCGACGCCGCCAUUUUCGCCCACCUCGACGCUCCGCCCGCGCACUUCGCGCAUCUGCCGGACUUGCAGGCGGCGCCAUGCAGUGGGGUUAUGCCUCAGGGCUCGGACUUCGCCGGAGUGCUCCCGCAAGGGGAAAAUUCGCCGCCGUCUUCUUCGCCCUGGCUGCAGCAGACUCUGUCGCCAUCGAGCUCCAUUAUUAAUAACACUGUGGAUGCCUGCAGUGCGUCGAGCUACGGCGGCGCCGCUCAAAUGUGGUCGGAACUUCUUGAUGAUCCUAUUUUCCAUGACAUUCCAUAGUACAUAAUUUUUUUAUAUAAAUAUAAUAAGUAUAUGACAAAAGAGUGGAGUUUUUUUUUUUUUUUUUUUGGUGGGGGGGGGGGGGGGGGGGGUUGGGGUUACGUACUUCGCUUUGUGCCAGUUUUUCUUCGUCUUCUUUUCCUUCUCUUUUUUCUGUUUCUGAUUUUGUGAAUAGGAAAGAAUUAACAUCUUAUGUGUAUAAAACAUUGAUUUCUACAGAAGCUAUACACACCUUCUCUGUUAGGAGUAUCAGUGUAUUAAUUCUAAAUUUCUAAUUAUAUUCUGGUUUCCCC